GUCAUUGAUAUUUUACAAAAUCCUUCGAGUUACUACACAUACUUUAUUCUUGGCAGACCUGUUGAUUAGAAUCAAUUAGUAAUAAAAUGUAGACAUUUUGUUAUAACAGUCAGCUGAUUUACUAAAUCUUUUACGCCCUUGAAAUCCUCUUUAAUCAGUGAGUGUGCUAUACGCCCCCCUCUUUGUUGUUCAGCAUUUCUUCAUAUAAUUAUAUUUGCUUUGCUGUAUAUAUUGGAGUGAUUAAGGUGAAAAUCGUAGAUUCAAUAAUAACUGGAUUGCGCUUUUUUUAACCUACUAGACAUCAUGUUAUACGUAUGGAGACAAAUGUUAAUUGAAAAUGGCGGCAAAUAGAACCGGAACUGCCCAGAGACCAAAUGGUGCCACUCAAGGCAAAAUAUGUCAGUUCAAACUUGUCUUAUUGGGAGAAAGUGCAGUUGGUAAAUCCAGUUUGGUAUUGAGGUUUGUUAAAGGGCAGUUCCAUGAAUACCAAGAAAGCACUAUAGGAGCUGCGUUUCUUACACAAACUAUAUGCCUGGAUGAUACAACUGUAAAAUUUGAAAUUUGGGAUACUGCGGGUCAAGAAAGAUAUCACAGCUUAGCCCCGAUGUACUACAGAGGCGCCCAGGCAGCUAUAGUUGUCUAUGAUAUAACCAAUCAAGACACAUUUGGUAGGGCGAAAACGUGGGUAAAAGAACUCCAAAGGCAAGCGAGUCCAACAAUUGUAAUAGCCUUAGCCGGCAAUAAACACGAUUUGGCUAAUAAACGUAUGGUAGAAUAUGAUGAAGCGCAAACGUACGCCGAUGAAAAUGGUUUACUUUUUAUGGAAACCUCCGCAAAGACCGCAAUGAAUGUUAAUGAUAUAUUUUUAGCAAUAGCUAAAAAACUGCCCAAGAACGAACAGACAUCAGGUCAAGGAGGUAGUGCCCAGGGCAGGCGAUUAGCAGAAGGCGAUGCGGGAGCUAAGGCACCAGGAUCGUGCUGCAAGUGAUGGUGCACGCUUGCAGGUCAAGUGUUGUUAUUGAACCGUCACGAGAAAGGACUGGCAAGUGCAGCGGCACUCUAGUGAUAUAUAUGUGUAAUAAAGGUCCUUCUAUUAACAAAAAAAAAUAAAUAAAUUAAAAUCUAUUCAAAUACACUGUCAUAUAUCUUUAAAAUAGAAUAAAAACAAAGAAAGAAGUGAGUCUCCAAUGGUAACAUUGAGUUAAAAUGCUCUAAAAGCAUAUUUAAAUUUGUGAUAAUCGUACCUAUUUUUGUUUUUCUUUUGUAUAUUAUAACAAUAUCUGACAGUGUAAGUUAAAACGUUUAAAUCGAACAUACUAACAGCACCGGUUCAGUAAAUAAUGAAAAUCUAUUUCCUACUUGUUUUUUUAUAUAUACAUGUUUUUCACUUAGUGCAAUUAUAAUAUUAAUAUCACGUUUUUUUGAAGCGUAAGUUCGAUUUAAACGUUGCCAAAUUUCAAUUUGUACUUUGGAAACACAAAAAGUAUAAACUGUAAGAAUAAACGUUAUAUGUAUUUUAUUAAUAUAAUUAUUUGGUGAAAGUAUGUUCCCUAACAAUUUAUUGUAUUCCCUACUCUUAUAUAUCUAUUAAAAACGAUGUUUAUUAUUUGGAUAGACUGUUUCAGGAAUGUACUUUCGCGAUGCAUGACUGAAAAGAACCUACAACGUGUUAUACAUAAUUUUAAUUUUGUGUUUACAUCGACAGCAUAGAUUAUUGGAAAAAGCAUAGAGGGCAGUUAUAAAAAUACAUUUAUUUUUAAUUUAUCCGUCCUUUAAUACCAUUCUAUUGAAUUAUUCUACGUUUUAUAAAGGAUUUAGCUCAAUUUUAUUAUAUAAAAAAUAUUGGAAUUUUGGUUUUUUACCCUCUAUUGGUACAAUUAUGAACUAUCUAGUAAGAAAUAUCCGAUAUUCUUAAAGAAAUAAUUAAACCAAUAUCUACCUAUCGUUUUAAGUAGUAAAGACCACUGUAUCGUUCAUCUAGCUUUCUAUAGGUUGCUGAUUAAUUUCCAACUCUAAAGACCAGAUUUACAAUAUCUCCACAGUUUACAGAAAUUCCAACUUACUUUUACCCCAAAAUUUUAUAAAAUCAUUUUCAUGGACAAAUUUCUUGAACGAAACUACGAUAGGCUUGAUUCACUAAUAAGUUAACAAAAACCUCAUUUUAAUCUACACAAUUAACAAAAUAUUGAUGAAUGUCAGGAUUAACGUCUAACAUGAAUAUUAAAAUAGUUUUGUUGAAGGAGGAUACAGGAUGAUAGUACAAUAAAAUUAUUAUAUUCGUGAUUUUUGGUUAAUUUUAGUACUCCAAUACUUUUUCUCUACAUAUCUUUUAAAAUACUGUGUAGGGGUGACUCAAUAAAAAGUUAUUCACUCUUCUCCUGCUUUAUGGAUUGUACAAACUUAGUAGCAUUUGAAAGGUAAUUCAAAGCUCGAUAAAAUAACGUAUCAACUUAUUUUGAAUGCGAUUUUUUUCUUUGUCUCUUUUUGAGAAAAUUUAUCAUGCUGUUGCUAAUAUUUUUCACACCAUCAGAAAGUAGAUAUCUCAGCGAUCAAAAAUCUCAUCGACUUUUAGUCCUUUUUUGCAUGGUUAUUUCUUUAUUGGUGAAAUAUUUUAAGGUUAUAUAAUUCAUGUUCAAAAUCGAAGGAAAAAUUGUUGAAAAAAUCUUAUAUAUUUAUAGUAUAAAUUGAGCAAAAAAUAAUAUGAUGGAAAUUCCCAUCAUCAUGCAAAGUUAGAUCAUUAGCAUUAUACUAAUUAAAAAAAGAUGAUAUCAUUGGAUAUUUUUUAUUCUUUAUGAUAAUUAACAAAACAAUUAUUAUUUUUAUUUAGGCACAGGCUGACUCCACAUUUACCACACAAAAUUGUAGAAUUACAUUUAGUAUAUUUGCGCUGGUGCUUGUACGAGCUAAUUCAUUUCUGAACUAGCUCAUUUUAAGUAGAUUUUUCUUAUGGUGGCUUCUUUCCAUUGCAUUCUAUAAAUUACCCAUGCGUUUAUUACUGCAAGAUCUAGUAAGUUAAAAACAAAGUACAAAUACCACUUUUUUGACCUCAUAGGUAGUUAUAUGGUUUCUACCCAAAAAACUAUCCACAAUCUACACCUUCCAUAUGUUUAUUCUAUUCCUGAAUUUUUUUCCUUUUUUGCCUUGUCAUAUCUGGAAACCUCUGUGACAAGUAAAGCCCCAGGAUAGGUGGAUAAUAGAGGGAUAAUUUGUCGGAUUAAAAAAAUUCCUGACUACAGGGGGUUAUAGCAGUACUAACCAGAAUCUGCGUUGCAAAAUUUUUGCUCACCAUUGCGAUUAUGUGCAUAAUUUUCAAAUUAAAUAAAAAAAUAUUCAAAUUGUUUUUAUUUUAUUUAUUGUUGUACCUCUAUGCUUCAUCUUUUUAAAAAUUAUGUGACGUGUCAUGUAUCAAACGGUUCGAUGCCAUUUAGAAUAAAUAAAAUGAAUUUCUAAGUGUCUACGAUUCCGUUAUACGUUUUAAAUUUUACAUAUUGGUAUACUGAAUUUCGUAGAGGUACAGUGUAGAGGGGUGAUUGUACAAAAGAAGUUUAACUGGAUAUAAGCUAAUCUCUUAACAGUAAUUGCAUUGUAAAUUGUUGAUUUUAUCAGUUUAUUCCAACUAAAGAUCCUCGAUGAUAUUUAAAUUCUAAAAUUUAAAUGUUGGUUUUAUACUAUACUGGUUUUAUAUUAUAUACCAUUCCCGCAAUUCGUUUUAAUGUAUUGUCGCAAUAAUGAAACAAAAAUUUGUAUCUAGAAUUUUUGAUGUCUUUGAAAAAAUUACAAUUCCUCUGUCUAUUUUUUAAAUUGUUUGGAAACACUUUGGUAACCCCAGCGCACUUAUACUAAAAAUCAUAUGAAAAAAGUCCGCGUGAUCUGCUCGUUAAAAAAAUACCGCGUCCUUUUAUUGUCGAGAUAUUGUUAAAAAAAAUUGUUAGUGGUGGGUGAAAAUUAAUUUUUUUCUCAGAAUUGGUCCAUUAUUUAUUCAAUUAGGGGGCACCAAAUGAACGCCCCUAUUUAAAUUAUGCAGGAAAUAAUUUAAUUUCCUGCUCGCUGUGGUCUCAGGUUCGAUUCCCAGCAAGUCAACUUGUUUGAAAGAAUUUAGUUUGAUAUAAUAUUUCCUAGAUGCAACUCAAUAACCCAAUAAUUUUCCACAGUAUUAUGUUUAAAUAAAAUUUUUUUGACAACGAAUUCAUAACGAGAUCACGCGGAUUUUUUCAAUAUUACACUUAAUGAUUUUUAGCAUAAGGGUGCUGGGUUUACGGAAGUGAACUAAGAUUUUGUAUUGGAAUAAACAUUUAUAGGUUAAUAAUUGAUAAUUAUUAUUGUAGUGUGAUAGAAUGUUCGUCUAUUACAUCAAUUUAUGAAAUUAAAGGUGAUUUCCCCCGAAAUUGUCCAUUAUAAUUGUAUUAUAAUUGAAUAUAUUUUAUUAUUUGCUUGC